GAGCGCGCGCGGUUCUUCAGCUACCUUGAACUUCCGGUCUAUCAGCGCGGGAAAUUCGUUCGGUAGCAUUUGGAGAGUCCAUUGUGCAGUUUUUGGAAAACCGUCAAACCAUCAUGCUCGGCCGGGAAAAUAACACCAGUUCCACCAGCGCCCUCGAUGUUGUCAUGGACGCAGGAGAGAUUGAGGAGAAAGAUUCUGAUCUUCGUCCGAUGACACCGACAGUUAUGGUGACUUGCAAGAAACGGAAGAGAUCGUCCUUCAAAGGCCCUUUUAGAAUGACAGAGAAAGUCCGGGAAGACAUCCGCUCCAUGCUGAAGGCUGUUCCUAAGAUUGAUGAGUUGUUCACAGUUGUUGACAAAAUAGGAGAAGGGACUUUCAGUUCUGUGUAUCGAGCCACUUUGAAGAAGGCUGCCGACACUUCACAGGAGUUUGCUCUGAAGCACAUCAUCCCGACAAGCCAUCCUGAUCGUAUCCUCAGCGAACUCAGCUGCUUGGUCAAAAUAGGCGGCUGCCAUAAUGUGAUGGGAGUUAAACUGACAGUGAGGGAGAAAGACAACAUUGUCAUCGUCAUGCCACACUUCAAACACAAUAGAUUUCAGGAUUUUUACCAUGACAUGACUGUUGAAGAAGUUCAAGAUUACCUGAGAGCCCUCUUCACAGCCCUUAGGAGAGUCCACAGAUUCAACGUGAUCCACCGAGAUGUCAAGCCAGGAAACUUCCUCUAUGAUAGACAGUCCAGAAAAUAUGCUCUUGUCGACUUUGGCCUUGCUCAGGCAGUACCAACCAUAUCAACUCUCAAGACAUCAGAGAAGAAGUCAACUCUAGGGGGCGUCCUACACCAUGAUACACCAAGACCACCUCUAGCCAGGAAGAACACUCGGAGGGCUGCAUCAGCUUCAGAGAAUAAGGUUCCUUCCAGGGUUGAACCAAAGAGGACUCAAUCUGAAAGUCUUUCCAAAGCCCCUAGGCUUGUAGAACUCGACCCCAACACAUUCCAUUCCACCGACAAGUCAUCCCGCGACCGUAGCAACCACAAACAGGACUCCAUCAAUGAAGAUGACCUCAAGAAGAACGUCACUACGACGAUAGCAAGAGGUAGCGAGAACACCGGCGAAGGUGUUGUCAUCGCUCCGCCUAAGGAGAAGAAGCCGACAAAGCCGCCCAAGCCGGUCGUUCUUACCAGGAACAGCGCUGCCAUCGCUACCAGGGGUGUGGCCAAGAAGAUGCAGGAGGUGCCGAAGACACCUCAGGGUGUGUGCAGAUGCUACGGCUUGCCUCAGGUCUGUGAUGUCUGCAUGGCAAGGAAGAACCAGGCAGCGCCUAGAGCAGGUACUCCGGGCUUCAGGUCACCAGAGGUGCUGCUGAAAUGCCCUGACCAAACAACAGCUGUAGAUAUAUGGGCUGCAGGCGUCAUCUUCCUAUCCAUUCUGAGUGGGCGUUAUCCAUUCUUCCGAGCUCCGGACGAUUGCACCGCCCUCGCUCAGAUCAUGAGCAUUAUGGGAACGGAAGAAACCACCGAAGCAGCCAAGGCUAAUGGCAAGAAUCUAUUGUGCAAUGUGAAACUCCCAGCUAUGGAACUAAAGACAAUGUGUCGUCAGUUAAGACUAGGAGCCAUCCAGAGCCGUCACACCAAGAGUUCUCAGAGCAAUGGUGAGUCCUCAAAACGACGGAGACGCAGCAUGAACCAGACCUCUCCGCCCAAAGACGAGGCCGUCGUCGGCAGCCCGGGAUCCCUGCGGAGUGAAGGAAGUGUUGGCAGUGAGGAAGGUCUUGAGGAUCGAUUCCCGGACUCCGCUUAUGAUCUUCUUGGACGACUACUGGAGCUUGAUCCUCACAAGAGGAUAACGGCGGAACAAGCCCUCAAGCAUCCUUUCCUGGUUGAGGCUGUAUGAUGUUAACUUUUUCUCCCGCUUUCUAGCUUCAGAUUAUUCCAUUUUAUAUGGUCAGGGCCGUUUCAUAUAGUUAUUCGUAAGUUCUGCACGACUUUAGACACGACUGCUAACCCUUUGUUGUGGUAAAUGAUAUAUCUAUGGAGUCUUUGCAUUCUUUGCACACCCUGUGAAAAUUUCUUCAUUCGGGAUCGAUGGCCUUUUCUUAUUUAUUUGCUUGACAUAAUUUACGGACAAAUUCGCACCCAAUAAAAUUCCAACUCUGGAUUCUUAGGACCUAAGAACGUGUCCUACCCAUGCUAAAAUCAUGUAUAACUUAAAGAACAGUGUUAUGAAACACUACACAGUGCUCAUACGUUGCUGUUUGUCAUAUAGAUAUAGCACUGCAGCGAUGAACUUUAUGUUGUGGAGCAUUGUGGCCCAGUGGAUUAGUCUUUGGACUUUGAAACAGAGGGCCGUGGGGUUCAAAUCCCAGCCUUGGCAUAGUUUCCUUCAGCAAGAAAUUAAUCCACAUUGUGCUACACUCAACCCAGGUGAGGUGAAUGGGUACCUGGCAGGAAUUUAUUCCUUGAAAUGCCAAGCGCGUAGAAGCUGCUUGAGCUACAGCCAGGGAAAUAUCAAAGUCCAUUGGAAGCGCACAGAGAUGUUAUGCGCUAUACAAGAACUGACUAUUAUUAUUAUUAUUAUUAUGCUCUUUGAUUGCACCAUCUAAGAGUUACAAUGUCGGUUGUAAUGUCAUGGUCAAUCCUGGGAGUGGGGUGGGGGUGUUUCGCAAAGAGGAAGUCUGACUUAAAGUCAUACAAACUUCCAAGCUGCACAUGAUAUUCAACACGCUAUCUGAUUGAAUAAUAUGCAUAGAAUGUAUAAUCUGACCAAUGCAGAGAUGUUUUAUAUACCAAGGCUCUACACUAACAUUUUUCUUUGUGGCCUGAUAAGUUAAAAAAAAUUUUAUAUUUUUGUGGCCCACAAAGCAAAUGUGGUUGCCCUAAAUCAAUAGAAAACAUUACAAUUUAUCAAAACUUUGGUAGCCCAACCGGGCCACCAAGUGUGGGCUUUUACGUAAUUUUGGUGGCCCGACUCUCUUUUUUGGUCGCCCCGGGCCACUGCUAAUGUCGACUCCUGUAUACCCACAGAUGCCAUUCAUCAGGCCCAGACCACUUAUCAAUGUAUAACGAUCGCAACGUUGGAUCUUUAUAUGUGCGACUUUUAGUCAACUAGACUCAAAUCAUAAAACCACCCCCAGGUCAUUGUGACAUAGAAGAAAAAUAUUCUUCUGCCUCCUUAAAACUGAAAUAUAUAUAUUUUUGAAAGUGUUGUGAAUCAGAUAAUGUUUUAGGUCAUAGGUUGCUAUGGUAACUUUAUUAUUUGUUUCAUAAUACAUACGCUACCAAUGUUUAUUAUCACAUUCACAGGUUUGUUUGGUGGCCAAGACAUACCAAAUGGCACGGACCUGAGAGAAUUUUGAUAAAUAAAUGAAAUAUUGAACUGAUCGAUGAAUUCUAAGUGCAGAUGGGAAUGAUAAAGAGUCAAACUAUUUUAGCAUUGAGCUUUAAUCACUUUAAUAUAGAACAGCUGAUUAUUGGAUGAUGUUGAGUGCACUGGACACUGGUUGACCAUUCUCAUAGGAUUUUCACAUAUGAGAGAUGUCACUUAGGGGGUGUUGCAUGAAAAUAUUUGCAAUCAGUUGCAAUUAUUCUGAUGCAAUUUUACAACUGAUAGAUCAAUGUUAGCUGUAGCAAAUCAGAUUAAACUUCUUGUUACAAGGAGCAGAUUAGCAAUCAAUCACUAAUUUGAAAUUAAGUAAAAGACAUAUAAUUGAUUUAGGGACAAAAAUAGACUUGCAAUUGAUUGCAAGUUUCUUGCAACACCACAACAGUGUACUUUGACCAUUUUAAACAAAUUCAUAUUUAUCUCUUAGGACUCCGGUAUAUCAAUAAGUUCUAACAAAAUACAAUACAAUGACUACCUUGGUGUUAAUAAUAUGUAUGAAUGAAAAAAAUAUAUGCUAGAUGAUUCUGGUAAAAAAAAAAAUGUGCCAUUGCUGAGAAAUGUCAUAGAAAAGCAUCGUCUUUCAACCAAAUGUCGGGUCUUUUUCUAAGGAGUCAUAAGACACUGCCCCACAUAUGCUUAUCUGUGUUAGUAAUCUCUAAUUUCUUCACAUUUCAGCUAUCAACUCAUAUUUAAUGAUUGACCAUAAAAUCUGUAUUUGCUGCAACUACACUCCUGUACCUUUUGCAGUGAAAAUAUUGUCGGGGGGGGGUUAAGAAUUUUCAAGUUUGGAUCGGAAUCAUUCACCGAACGGUGUAAAGUUUGCUGAAUAAUCAGUAUUUAUAAUUGUUACAAUUUGUUCAUACUUGUAACUUUAUUGUAAUUCUCAAAACUACCAUCGAGUCUGGUGGUAGAUCUUUAUGUUUUGUGUCUCCUUUCGAAAUGCUGCCUUCUGUGGAGAUAUUGCUAACCUCUUUAUAGUUCAUACCCUGGACCCAUUACUCCAAGAUCAUACCCACAUUCUCUUACUAUUUUCAAGUAAAUGAUAUCAACAGAAGACACCUUUGUAAAAGUCAGAGCUUUGCCUUUCUUACCUGAAUCCUGAAUGC